UUUUUUUUUUUUUUUCUUUUUAAAAUUCCUUAUUUGUGGAGGUGGUAUUUUUUCUAUUUUUUUGUUUAUUGCACUGUGAACUCUGUUACGUUUUGAGUAUCUGUAGUACUCACUUCCUUACAUAAUUUUCGUUGACUUUAAAAAAUGAAAAAUGCAAUAGUGGAGCUCGAACAGGAUUUAAAAAAUUUAGAAAUAGUAAUAAACAAAAUAGAAGGCAUAAUCCGGAACACAUUUGUCGUAAUUAGUAACUAAUGCGUUUAAGGCAAUACAAUUAUAUUUAGAAAAGAGUUAAAAAUAGUUGAACGCAGACGCAUAAAAAAUGUCUCUGUUGCUCAGUUUGUACACAACACAUACAGCUCAGUGAAACCCUAAUCCACAUCCCAAAACCCUAAUUCUAAUGAUUGCGUCCAGUUAUAGUUUCAUGUAUUCGGAUCUCUAAACAAGUUGGGUAAUAUGCUGAUAAAAUCGGAUCUUACAACCACCAAUUCUUCGCCCCCCAUGCCGGUGCCCACGGUGUGCGGUAACUGCGGCGCGGAGGAGCGGCGGCUUCUCCAUCAGGUCCGCCACCGAAGCAUCUUCCGCCGUCUUUGCACCACCUGCGUCCUCCGCCUCCAUCCGCAGGCCUUCUGCCCUACAUGCUUCCAGGUUUACCCCUCAACCCUCCCAAACGACGUCGUGCGCACCUGCGUCAAGUGCUACUCCCACUCCCACUCUCAUUGCGUCGACGCCGCCGGCGCCCCCCCUCCGAAUCCCUACGUUUGCCCCCUCUGCGUCAACCCUAGUGCGCCAAUUUUCAAAUUGAAGUCGGCCAAGGACGCGAAUGUCGAGAUCGAUGGGGCGAUGAAUGCGAGGGCUGAGAAUUGCAGGGUGAUGGACAGAGAUGCAGCGAAGAUGUUGUUGGCGGCGGCAAAAAUUGCGUCUACGUCAAUGAAUAAAGCGGCGGUGGCUGCCAAGGCUGAGGCUGAGAGGCGGGUUAAGGAGGCAGCGUACACGAGAAAAAGGGCCAAGGAGGCGCUGGAGCACGUUGCUCAUUUGGUGAUUAAGGAGAAGGCGAGGAGGAAAGAGGCUGUUUUGGUAGGGCGUGGAUACGGUGGAAUUGUCAGCAAUGGUGGUGGUUAUACUGCCCCGCCUGCUAAAAUGGGGCCAGAGAUUAGUGCAAAUGUAGGCGUUAGCAAUCGGAAUAGUGGUGUGGCCAGUGUGCCUAGUGUUUCGCCGCCAUUUGUAGUUGCAGAAGAGAAUAUUAGUAAUGUAGUGAAUGUGGAUAGAGAUAACUCGAAUCAGGUGUUGGCGGCACUGAAUGCUGUUGAGUUAAGGGAGAAUGAAAAAAUGACUGCACAGGGUGAGGGAUCAUCAGCCCCGAUGGAUGUUGAUGACAGUGUAAUGAGACCGAAUGUUGGAGAAAAUGUUGCAGGAUUGAUUGAAGAAAUGAACCAUGAUAACAGUAGUGAUCGUGCAAAUUUUACAGAUAUGGAGACUGAUGCAGGGAAUGUCAGUAAUCAUGGGGAGAAACUUGAUGGUGUGAAUAAUGAGAUGGUUUUGGUUCAACCAGGGGAGCAUCUGAUGCAGAAUAAGGAAAAUGAUAAGGGCGGACAACAUGUUAAUGGUGGCACGAUAUAGCCCGUGCAUCAAACAACUUUAUCUGAUAACUUAAAGAUGUCGAGGGUGCUUGUUUUGCAAAGAGCUUACUUCAAGGUUGUAGAUCAUGUAAGCUGUUCUUAGUUAGAUGAAUGAUUUUCUUGAUCUGUUUCUGUGUAGAUGUUGUCGGUUGGCAUUAUGUGAAUGCAAAUUUCCCAGCCUUGCAUAUUUCUCUUUGUACUGGUUGUUGUUGAUGUUGGUCUAAGAGAAAGUGUUUCAGUGUAGUUAUGGAUGUUCAGAUAGUCCAUUAUGUUGUGACUAAAAUGUGAAUCCACCACAAAAUAUGUUGUAUUUUCAAGUUGGAUUCCUAUGCAGCUGAGUUACAAUGGUUUGUGGUCAAUUAAAACAACAAGAUUUCUUGUA